AGCCCGAUUCCCAACGGUUCACUCUCCCCAUCCAAAACCCUUUCGAUUGGGUUGUUUGUGUAAGAGGGAUAACCCGAUUCUAAUUUUGUAGUUCUCACUUAUCUCCGCCAUGUCCCUCCUCCUCCGUUCCCUACCGGCGGUGGCCCACCGCGCCAAAUUCUCACUUCCGCCGCACCUUCCUGUCCUCCUCCUCACCUUCCGCCGACCGAAAUUAAAUCCAUCCAAUCUCCUCAUAACUCGCGCAUUUUCCUCCAUCCAUGCCUCCGACUCUGAAACUCUCAGUGUCCCAACUCCCAAGCAGCCGCUCCCAUCCUCGGCCGAUGCCAGCUCGAAUGCCCUAGAGUGGGUGAGUCGAACUGAUUUCUGCGGAGAAUUGGCCGAACCGGACGUUGGUAGACGGGUUCGCCUCUGCGGGUGGGUGGCGCUCCACCGGGUUCACGGCGGUCUCACCUUCCUCAGUCUUCGUGACCAAACUGGAAUUGUUCAGGUUACUACACUUCCGGAUGAGUUUCCUGAAGCUCAUUCUGUUGUGAACGAUUUGAGGCUUGAGUAUGUGAUCGCUGUGGAAGGUGUGGUUCGUCAGCGUCCAGUUGAGUCCAUUAAUAAGAAAAUGAAGACGGGCCUCAUAGAGGUUGCUGCAGAGCAUGUCCAUGUGUUGAAUGCAGUGAGAUCUAAGUUACCUUUUCUGGUUACUACAGCAGAUGAUGCAAAAGAUUAUACAAAAGAAGAAAUUAGAUUGAGAGAAUUGGAGCUUUUAUUCACGCAGACUAACAAAAUAUCUUCACUUAUCAGAUACCGAUGCUUGGAUUUGCGGCGUGUUCAUAUGAAUGCAAAUAUAAUGUUGCGGCAUAGAGUGGUGAAACUCAUUCGCAGAUACCUUGAGGACAUUCAUGGUUUUGUGGAGAUUGAAACUCCAGUUCUAUCUAGAUCUACUCCGGAAGGUGCAAGGGAUUAUCUAGUGCCUUCAAGAAUUCAGCCUGGAACAUUUUAUGCUUUGCCUCAAAGCCCACAGCUCUUCAAGCAGAUGCUUAUGGUCUCGGGUUUUGAUAAGUACUAUCAAAUAGCAAGGUGUUUUAGAGAUGAAGAUUUAAGAGCCGAUAGGCAGCCCGAAUUUACCCAGCUGGACAUGGAAAUGGCAUUCACUCCUCUUGAGGACAUGCUGAAACUCAAUGAAGAUUUGAUUAGAAAGGUUUUUCUUGAGAUCAAAGGAGUUGAGCUGCCGAAUCCUUUUCCAAGGCUAACAUAUGCUGAAGCUAUGAGCAGAUAUGGAUCAGACAGACCAGAUACACGCUUUGAUCUUGAACUGAAAGAUGUAUCCAAUUUCUUUAGGAAUUCGUCCUUCAAGGUUUUUGCAGAUGCCUUGUCGUCUGGGGGUAUUAUUAAAGCACUGUGUGUACCUUCAGGGGCCAAAAGCUAUUCAAAUAGUGCUCUUAAGAAGGGUGAUAUUUACAAUGAAGCUAUUAAAUCUGGAGCAAAGGGUUUACCUUUCUUAAAGGUCUCAACUGAUGGUGCCCUUGAAGGGAUUCCAGUGCUAGUAUCGAGUUUGGGCAAAACUGAUAAAGAACAUUUACUGAAUAUACUGUGUGCCAGUUCAGAUGAUUUAAUAUUAUUUGCGGUGGGUAACCCUACAUCAGUUAAUAAAACUUUAGACCGCCUGAGACUUCAUGUAGCUCAUGAAUUGAGCCUGAUUGAUCCUUCAAGGCAUUCUAUCCUAUGGAUUACUGAAUUUCCGAUGUUCGAGUGGAAUGAAUCUGAGGAAAGGCUUGAGGCCUUGCAUCAUCCAUUCACAGCCCCUAACCCUGAUGAUAUGAAGGACCUAACUUCUGCCCGUGCCUUAGCUUAUGACAUGGUUUACAAUGGCGUUGAGAUUGGUGGAGGGAGCUUAAGAAUCUACAAACGCGAAGUCCAAGAGAAGGUUUUGGAAAUAGUUGGCAUUUCCCGUGAACAAGCUGAAGCCAAGUUUGGGUAUCUUUUGGAGGCUCUGGACAUGGGUGCUCCUCCACAUGGAGGUAUUGCUUAUGGGUUGGAUAGACUGGCGAUGCUUUUGGCAGGGACGAACUCGAUUAGGGAUGUUAUAGCCUUCCCAAAAACAACUACUGCCCAAUGUGCCCUUACUCGUGCACCUUCUGAGGUUGAUCCCCAGCAACUAAAGGACCUAUCCUUUCAUACAACGUUAAGUUCUUGAAAGUGCUUCCAUUUUCACCUUUACUCUUUUGUGUAUUUCACAUUUGCUCAUAGUUUCUCUUGGAAAAGAAGAUGGUCAGAGCUACAAUCAAAAUGUGUGCACUAAUGUGCAAUAGCUUUUGAUUUUGACUCGGAGAAAUAAUAAAGACCAAGUUGUCUGGCAUAUAUUCUUUAUCUUUAUUUUUAUUAUUUUGUUUUUGUUUCUUGUAUAUUGUGCAUGAUUAUCAGCAUAUAUCUUUUCGCCCCGUCUAAUACGCAAUAGAUAAACGAAUAAUACUAGUACCAAGGAUAAUAAUGUGUACG